AUGUGUCCUAAAUGUAGUGCCCCACGAUAUAAGAAGAAAGAAACAGCUCCAACCAAAACGCUAUGGUAUUUCCCGAUAAUACCAAGAUUCAGGCGCACGUAUCGUAAUGCGGAAGAUGCAAAGAACUUAACAUGGCAUGCAAAUGAAAGGGUUGUUGAUGGAAUGCUUCGACAUCCUGUAGAUUCUCCUCAAUGGGCAAAAAUUGAUCAUGAUUACCCAAAUUUUGGGAAGGAAGAAAGAAACCUAUAUCUAGCAUUGUCUACUGACGGAAUAAACCCUCAUGGUAUUCAGAGUAGUAAACUUACUUCUUGGCCGGUGAUGUUGUUGAUUUAUAACCUACCUCCAUGGCUAUGCAUGAAGCGCAAGUACAUGAUGUUGACUAUGUUAAUUUCUGGGCCCAAGCAACCAGGAAAUGAUAUAGACAUAUACUUGGCUCCAUUAAUUGAAGAUUUAAAGCAUUUGUGGGAGACAGGCGUAGAGGUAUAUGAUGAGUAUAAAAAAGAAUCCUUCAAAUUGAGGGCUAUGCUAUAUGGAACAAUCAAUGAUUUUCCUGCCUAUGGGAAUCUAUCAGGCUACAGUGUCAAAGGGAAGUUUGCAUGCCCCAUAUGUGAAGAUGGUACACAUUUAAUACGGUUGGAUCAUUGUAUGAAGAAUGUAUUUCUUGGACACCGUAGAUUCUUAAAUACCAACCAUCGUUUUCGAAAAUGGAGAAAAGCAUUUGAUGGUGAAUCAGAAGAAAAAAGAGCUCCUUUGCCUUUGACGGGCGAUCAAUUAUACCAAAAGUCAUUGUAUGUUAGACAUUUCUUAGAUGUGAUGCAUAUUGAAAAAAAUGUUUUUGAAAGUGUCAUUGGUACAUUACUCAAUCUUUCUGGAAAGUCGAAGGAUGGCAUUAAUGCAAGGUUAGACCUGCAAAGUAUGGGAUUAAGAAAUGAAUUGAGGCCGGUUAAGAGGGAGGGGAAGCGUACAUUUCUACCUCCAGCAGAUCAUACUCUGUCAAGAAAGGAGAAAAAUAUCUUGUGUAAGGCUCUACACAAUGUUAAAGUUCCAGAGGGCUACUCAUCAAACAUUAAGAGUUUAGUAUCUAUGAAAGAUCUCAAAUUGAAAGGUUUAAAGUCUCACGAUUGUCAUGUUUUAAUGGAGAACUUUCUUCCAGUAGCUAUACGUUCCAUUUUACCUGAAAACGUGCGAUGGACCAUAACUAAACUUUGUUUUUUCUUCAAAGCUAUUUGUAGCAAAGUUAUUGACCCAGAGAAGUUGCCGACAUUAUAA